CCCUAUCCUUAUUAUAUACUCCCUACACUACUUGCCUAAACCCUCACGACAUCCCUGAUAUUCUAUUCAGAGAUAGACAUAGAGAUAGAGGGGUUUCUCAUAUAGAAAAAUGGGCGAUUUGCAGCACACAUCCCAAGACCCUACUGAAGAUAAUUCUAAAGAUGCAAAAGGUGAGGAAUCCAAGCUUGAGUUCUCUGAAGAUGAGGAAAGUCUCAUUGCCAGAAUGUUUAGCUUGGUUGGCCAGAGGUGGGGUUUGAUUGCUGGGAGAAUACCAGGAAGAAGUGCAGAAGAGAUUGAGAAGUACUGGACUUCAAAGUAUAGCAGUAGCUCAAGUGGACAAUAACUUUAAAGCCCCAAGUCCUGCACAGUACUGGAGUGUUCUUGGGUAUGGUAUACAUACAAUACAUGGGUUGUAUGGGUUUAUUUAUAUAUUAUUUAUUUAUCAGUCUUUGUUUUGUCCCUUUAAUUCUUCUAUUCAAAGUACAAAUUAAACUAAGUGGAUUAUGACAGUUUUGUGACUUUAAUCUUC